AUGUUCAAACGACACUGUUUGGGCCACCCGCAGGUUCAGCCUGACGGGCAACAACGAGCUCUCCAUUACAGAUAUCGAAUUACCCCGCAAGAUGCAAUCAACGCCUACAAGCCAAAGGAGUUGGAUGCCAGCAUGUCCAGGGUGGGAAUGCGAAGCGCCAUGUUGGGCGCAAUCUUCAAGGGUAAGUACAACAACCUGCCCCAGUCUGAUUGGGUUCGCCUGGUUUGGGAGGUCUCUGUCGGCGAUGAGGCUCCUGCGGUGAUGACGCCGCUGAAACCAAAAUUUUACUUGUUGGGGACCUUGACCGUAGACGCAGGUCAGGCUGUCCGCUUGAACUAA